GUUCCAUCCAAUAUUUUUGAUUAAAUUUUUAAUAUUUCUGGCUUUACUUUCUUUUAUCAGUGAAGAGUAAUCUUCAAAAACCAGCCUUUUCAGCAACACCCAGUUGCUAAAAUCUUUCAUUUUUUCCUUUCUUUAAAAAAAAAAAGAAUCUUUUUUAUUUUCAAGCUGUCAUUAUCUGAAGGUAAAAUAAAAAAGAUUUGUAAUUUAUAUAUUUGCAUUCGUUGAUAAUGAUACCAGAGAAUUUACAGUGAAAGAACUCUGCUUUUUUGUCUACUUCUCUCUUUGUUGAAGUUCUACUUUACAUGAAACAUGCCUCCCCACAUUCUCUCAGUUUGUCUUUAAAUCUUCAAACUUCAGGAAAAAAGUUUUGUUGAUGGGUGUUUUCAGUUUAUUUCUAAAAAAAAAUAAAAAAAAAUGCUCUGUCCUAUAUCAAACCAAACCCUAGACAACCGGUUUUUUGAGGCAGUUUUUACUAACUGGUCAGUUUAAGUUGAAACAAGAGGAGAAAAAAAAAGGUUGAAUUUUAAGGAUUUGCAGUAGAAAAGGAAAAAAAAUGAGGGAUUUUCCAUCUUGUUUUGGUGAAAAUGGAGUGCAAGUGGCUGAUUCGUCAUCAUCAUCAUCAAAUAGUAGCAAAAAUGCACAGAAUUUGGUUACUUGUGUUUAUCAAUGUCGAAUUCGGGGUAGGCCUUGUUUAAUAACUGUUACUUGGACCAAGAACUUGAUGGGGCAAGGCUUAAGUGUAGGGAUUGAUGAUUCUGCAAAUCAAUGUCUUUGUAAGGUUGAUAUAAAGCCUUGGUUGUUCUCUAAGAGAAAAGGGUCUAAGAGUUUAGAAGCAUAUUCUUGUAAAAUAGACGUAUAUUGGGACCUUUCUUCGGCUAAAUUCGGAUCCGGGCCUGAACCUUUCGAAGGGUUUUAUGUUGGUGUUGUUGCUAAUAAGCAAAUGGUUUUGCUUCUUGGGGACAUGAGUAAAGAAGCUUGUAAGAAAACUGGUGCAACUCAUAUCCCUUGUAAUGCCAGUUUAGUGGCUAAGAAAGAGCAUGUUUUUGGGAAGAGGGUAUUUGGUACCAAGGCGCAGUUUUGCGAUAAUGGUCGAAUUCAUGAUCUGAUAAUUGAAUGUGACGCGGUUUGUAUGAACGAUCCUUGCCUUAUAAUUCGUGUGGAUGGAAAGGCUUUGAUGCAAGUGAAGCGGCUGCGGUGGAAGUUCAGAGGGAACCAUACCAUUUUGGUCGAUGGAAUGGCUGUAGAAGUUUACUGGGAUGUGCAUAAUUGGCUCUUUGGAACAUCACUCGGUGGAAGUGCCGUUUUUAUGUUCAAAACAUCCAUUGUAGCGGAAGAGAAGUUGUGGUUUAGCCAAAAUAUUCCCAGUCCGAGUUCCUUGCAGUGGUCGUUCUCGCAGAGAUUUCAAGAUUCCAAGUCGCAGAAUCUCGGCUUUUCAUUGAUUUUGUAUGCUUGGAAGAAUGAGUAGAGAGAUUGCGAAAUUCUUCUCAACUCUCAAAUGCUAACAAAAAAGCCUUUAGCGAGUGAUGAUUUUUGUCUGCUCUGUGAGUUAGUUACAAUUAAUUUGAUUAAAAGUUGGUACAUUUGUGUUUAUGUUCAUCUUCGGUUUUUCAACCUCGAGUUAACUCAACUUGAGCUAUUAAUGUAUCAAAGACGAUUUUUUCUGUUCUUAGUUGGCUGUGUAUCCUCGAUACAUUAAUUUAAUCCUCAAUUUUGUUUUAUGAAAAAAAAAUCUUCAAUGGAUGGUUGUUUGAAUCUUCUUUUAGCUGCCGUUUGAGCUGGUUUGGUGCACACGUUGACUAGCCAGGCGGAAAUCUCCUCGAAUCGUCACCAUGUAAGUAUGCCAAUUUUAAGACUUGGUCGAUGCUAUAAUCAUGCUUGUGUUAUUGUGGUUAUAUGAAAAACACUAUGUUAAGCUUGUUAGCCCUCGAAACAUGAUUUGCUUGAGUCUGCUUCGAUAGCAGUACCUAACUUUGCCAUCUAUGUCAAAUUCCCAUUAAAUCAGAGCACUGCUUCUUGCAUGAUAAUCCUCAGUAGGCAACUAAACUGAGGGUGAUGAAAUUCUGAUAGCUUUAGUCUUCGAAACCUUUAGCAAUUGCUAGUAAAGUCUUACUUGCGGAUUGUAUCAUUGUAUGAGAAUUGUUGGGAAACUUGUGAUUUCGAUUUUGCAUUGACUUGAGUAGGAUAACCAUGGAAAUCUUUGACAUCGACUGUCAAAAUGCUCGAUUGAUGCAUUGAGAUGUAGGAUUAGUUCAAUAUGCCCUCUUUCUCGAAUGAAUCAGUUCAAUAGCUUUCGUGGUCGGAAUCACUUAACCAUUGAACUAGUUUAGCUUCAAAACUUGUUUUUGCAGAAGCCUGAGCCGGAACAAAACCCUCUCUUGAUAGCAGCACAAUCUUGAUAGAUUGCAAAGUAUGGUAAGAAAAAAUUGCUGAGAAUUUUUGACUGUACAAGCUUUUUAAACUGUUGAAACUCUCUAGAGCCGGAUCGAGGCUCACUGGUGCCGGCAUCCUUGUUCGACUGAAGUUCGGGAAUCAUCUGUGCCAUGUUCAGAUGUUGGGAAGGUUAUUUAUAAGUUGUAGCACUGCAACAGCAAGCAAUGAAGCUAAUUGAAGUCUUCAUGUUGAUUAAUGUAAUCAUCUUUAUCACACAAUUUCGAAUGCUGUAUAUAAUUUCCAGGAAUGUAAUUAAUAUAAUUAUUAUGAAAUUGAUAUUUCAUUGAAUUUUUAUA